AUACAAUCAUUUCUCUCUAUUCAUUUUAGGUAAAGCAGAUCAUGGAAGAAGCUGUGACCCGGAAAUUUGUACAUGAAGACAGCAGUCACAUCAUCGCCUUAUGUGGUGUGGUGGAGGCGUGUCUCCUGCACAUGCUGAAGCGCAGGGCUGCUGGCUUCCUGCGCACCGACAAGGUGGCCGCACUCUUCACCAAGGUGGGCAAGACCUGUGCCAUAGCUGGAGACGUGUGCAAGAAGGUGCAGGAGCUGCAGCAGCAGGUAGAGAGCAGGAAAAAUCAGCCAAAUGGGCAGGAACCCCUCAAAAGGCAGGGCUCAACCACAAGCAAAACACCUGUCCUGACACCUCAGGCCAUCAAGCACAUCUGGGUUCGGACAGCCUUGAUUGAGAAGGUGCUGGACAAGAUUGUGCAGUACAUUGUUGAUAACUGCAGUAAAUACUAUGAAAAGGAAGCUUUACUGGCAGAUCCUGUUUGUGGCCCAAUACUGGCUUCUCUGCUAGUUGGACCUUGUGCUCUGGAGUACACCAAGCUAAAGACAGCUGACCACUACUGGACAGACCCUUCAGCCGACGAGCUGGUGCAGCGGCACCGGAUCCACGGCACACACGGCCGCCAGGACUCCCCCUCCAAGCGCCCAGCCCUGGGAAUCCGGAAGCGCCAUUCCAGUGGCAGCACGUCAGAAGAUCGCUUUGCUGCUUCGGCGCGGGAGUACGUGGAGUCCCUUCACCAGAAUUCCCGGACACACCUUCUCUACGGCAAAAACAACGUCCUGGUGCAACCGAAAGAUGACUUGGAGGCAAUUCCUGGGUAUCUUUCCCUUCAUCAAUCAGCAGAUAGUUUGACAUUGAAAUGGACUCCAAACCAGCUGAUGAAUGGCACCCUUGGAGAUUCAGAACUGGAGAAAAGUGUUUACUGGGACUACGCAUUGAUUGUGCCACUGAGCCAGAUUGUCUGCAUCCACUGCCAUCAGCAACCAGAAAGCAGAUGGACAUUAGUGCUGGUGAGUCAGGAUGGGACUCAGAGGCCUCCGCUGCACUUCCCCCAAGGAGGGCACCUCCUCGCCUUCCUGUCCUGUCUGGAAAAUGGGCUCCUACCCCGUGGCCAGCUGGAGCCCCCGCUGUGGUCCCAGCAGGGCAAGGGCAAGGUGUUUCCAAAGCUUCGAAAACGGAACAGCAACAAGUCAGUGGACCUGGAGGAGAUGCCAGCUGAGGACACAUCCACAGACUAUGUCUUCAGAAUUAUCUAUCCUGGCCACAAGCAUGAUAACAUAACUAUUAACUACCACCACUUAGCUGCCAGCCGCUCUACCUCUGUUGACGAUGAUGAGGAGGAGGAAGAUAAGCUACACGCAAUGCUAUCAAUGAUCUGCUCUCGGAACCUCACAGCUCCUAAUAGGAUGAAAGACACCAGUGAGAUGAUAGAGAUGCAAGGCUUUGGAGCAAACCUGCUGUCAUGGCAGCUGGAGCACUGCAGCCAGGGCUCCUCCUGUGUCUCCUGUUCCAUGGGCAGCUCUCCCUACGACAUUCCCAGCUGCUGCAACUGCAUCCACGACCGAACUCCACUAAAGAUGUUGUGUGAAAGCAUGAAGAGGCAGAUCAUUUCCAGAGCUUUUUAUGGAUGGCUGGCACACUGCCGACACCUGUCCACAGUGCGCACGCACCUCUCGGCGCUGGUCAACCACAGCAUUGUGCCCCCUGCCAGCGCCACCGCCGGCCUCACCACGGAGGUGUGGAGCAAGUACCAGAAGGACAAGAAGAACUACAAGGAACUGGAAUUACUAAGAAGAGUUUACUACGGUGGGGUCCAGCAUGAGAUUCGAAAGGAAGUGUGGCCAUUCUUGUUAGGUCACUACAAAUUUGGCAUGGCCAAGAAGGAGAUGGACCAGGUGGACGCAGACAUUGCUCUGAGGUACCAGAAGGUGAUGGCUGAGUGGAAGGCCUGUGAGGUCAUUGUGAAGCAGCGAGAGAAGGAGUCGCAUUCAGCCACGCUGGCCAAGUUUUCGUCGGGCAGCAGCAUUGACAGCCAUGUCCAGCGGCUCAUCCACAGGGACUCCACCAUCAGCAAUGAUGUGUUCAUAUCUGUGGAUGAAACAGAUUCAGUGGAGCAGGAGCCCAAGGGCCAGGAGGACCCCAUGCUGACAGCAGUGCCGGCCCCCGUGGCCGUGGAGUUCGACUCACCCGACUCGGGGCUGCCGUCCUCCAGGAACUACUCAGUGGCCUCGGGCAUCCUGUCCAGCAUUGACGACGGGCAGAGCGGCUCCUUCGAGGAUGGGGCUGAGGAAGAAGCCAGCCCUGAGGCGGGAAGGACUGAGCCAGGCACACCCCGCGUGCAGAGAGCCAAGCCAGGGGUGCUGCAGUCGCAGGACUCCAUCUCAGAGGAGCAGCUGUGUUCCCAGGGGGAUUAUUUAGUGGAUGUCGCCUCUGUCUGCGCUGCGUCCUACACAAUAGAGUUAUUGGACACUGUUGCCUUAAAUUUGCACAGAAUUGAUAAAGAUGUCCAGAGAUGUGACCGGAAUUACUGGUAUUUUACUGCUGAGAACCUGGAGAAGCUCCGAAAUGUCAUGUGCAGCUAUGUCUGGGAGCACCUAGAAGUUGGUUAUGUCCAAGGAAUGUGUGACCUCCUGGCUCCUUUGAUGGUUAUUCUUGACAAUGAUCAGCUGGCCUACAGCUGCUUCAGCCACCUGAUGAAGAGGAUGAGCCAGAACUUCCCCAAUGGAGGUGCUAUGGACAUGCACUUUGCCAACAUGCGGUCCCUUAUCCAGAUUCUGGACUCAGAACUUUUUGAAUUGAUGCACCAGAAUGGAGAUUACACUCAUUUUUACUUCUGCUAUCGCUGGUUCCUGCUUGACUUUAAAAGAGAAUUGUUGUACGAGGAUGUAUUUACAGUGUGGGAAGUUAUUUGGGCAGCAAAGCACAUCUCUUCAGAACAUUUUGUCCUUUUCAUUGCCUUAGCACUUGUGGAAGUUUAUCGAGAGAUUAUCCGUGAUAACAACAUGGACUUCACUGAUAUCAUCAAGUUUUUUAAUGAAAUGGCUGAGCACCACGAUGCUGCAGAGAUCCUGAGGAUAGCCAGAGACCUUGUCUACAAAGUGCAGACACUGAUUGAGAACAAGUGACCAUGGACAGGCUGUCCCUGGGGCCUCGCUGUCAGCCACUGGAUGGAGCAUUCCUUGCACUGUAAUUCCAAAUGGUGUUUUAAUUGCAUCUUCCAUGUAAUGUAAUAAAUAGUGAGGAGAUGGUAACAGACUUUUAAAACUCAAA